AUGUCUGACGUGCAGAGCCAUACGGCCCAGCCAGUCCCGGAAAUCAAUACAAAAAGUCAUGGAAAAUAUAAUCUUGAAGAAGUGGAGCAUGCUGGCCUGUCCCCUCAAAAUGUCAACUUCGACGAAGAGGAGGUAGAACCGGAGUUUCAUGCUCGCACUUGGUUUGCGCUGGCAGCUUUUUUCUUGUUGAACUAUACCCAGGUUGUGGCUCUACAAGGCCCUUCUGCCGUUGUUAACUACAUUGGAACAGAUCUCCACAAUACUGAAAGCCAAAGCUGGGUAGUGGUUGUUCUUUCACUUGUACAAGGAACCCUGGGACCCAUUAUUUCCACAGCGUCAGACACAUUUCAAGCGCGUAAGCUGUUGCUUGUUUGCUGCUGUGCCGUAUCCUUUGUUGGUGCCUGUAUCGCCCCCGGCUCCAGCAGUAUCUAUCGACUCAUCGGUGCCAAUAUUCUCAUCGGCGUUGGCUUUGCAUCUGUUCCUUUAGCUUAUGCCGUUCCCAGCGAGAUUCUACCCCGAAGAUGGCGUCCCUUGGCGCAAGCAGGGGUUAACAUUGCGGCCCUCCUUGCGACUAUUUCGGGCCCAUUGAUGAUCGGUGCUCUGACUAAACGCAACGCUCACACUGGUUGGCGCUUAUUUUUUUGGUUUCAGGCUGCACUUUGGGGAGCCACCACCGUUGCCAUCUUCGUUAGCUACCAUCCACCUAAGCGACAUACAGACGUAGAUUAUCUGUCUUUCUGGCGCAAGAUAGGCAAGAUCGACCUGAUCGGAUGUGGGCUUCUAACUGCUGGAUUAGCCCUCUUUACCACAGGUACCAGUCUGGGAGGUGGUCUUUACAGUUGGACGAAUGCCCGCACUUUGUCGACUAUGAUAGUUGGGAUCUUUAUACUCAUUGCUUUUGGAAUCUAUGAGUGGAAGGGCACGAAUACCGGAGUCCUACACCAUGAUCUAUUUCGUGGUGGGCGUAACAAGGGACGAACAUUUGCCAUCUGUGUUGCAUUGCUUUUUAUGGAGGCCAUCAUGAUCUUUGGCUUUGGUCUCUUCUACCCGAUCCUGACACAAGCUAUAUUCACACCAGAUGCAUUUCUGGUUGUCGCUCGUUCACAAGCAUGCUGGAUUCCAGCAGUUUUCUCCACUAUUGCCUGGGGAUAUGCCUCUACUCGCUUUCGCACCAUUCGAGAGCCAUUGCUCAUCGGAUUCAUUUUGUUCACGAGCGGCUUGGUCGGACUUGCAACAAUUCAACCCGGUCAAUCGAUUAAUGCUAUCGCCUUUUCCUGUCUCCUUGGUCUCGGGUUUGGAGCACCGCUCAUUCUCGUGGUUACCGGUGUUCAACUAUCCACGCCGCACAGAUUGAUCGCUACAGCCACGGCUUGUACCACCUCUUCGCGCGCGGUGGCCGGUACCAUGUUCUCCGCGAUCUAUUCAGCUGCCUUCAACACUCGUUUGAAGAAAUAUUUGCCCGAAUAUGUCACAAAAGCUGUAUCAGCUGCCGGACUACCUGCGACCUCCAUUCCAGAGUUUAUAGAAGCCUUGAGCCAAGGCGACACAGUGGCACUAGGCAAAAUUGCGGGGGUCACUUCUACAGUCAUUGCCCAAGGAACUCGUGCUUUGCAGCAAGCCUAUGCCGACUCGCUUCGGGUCGUAUUCAUUAUUGCUGUUCCAUUCGGAGUUGUUGCUUGUGUCGCCUGCUGGUUCCUGGGUGAUCUGAGAGAGACGAUGAACUACCGCGUAGACGCACCAAUCGAAGUAAGACACGAAAAACACGAAAAUCAUACAGGGGCCGCAUGA